UAUCGGGGCGCGAAUACGAUAGCCGCUUGUACAUACGAGCGUGUGUCGCGUGCGCUCAGUCUUGCGCGUUGUUUCCGCCUGUCAAGCGGGGUCGGUCGCUUGGGCUCGAGCUCAGAAGAGAUCGGCGCGUGGAAUAUUAACCCCUUCGACGACUCUUUCUUUCUUCUCCCGAGCGACUCGCUCCAGACGCAAUUAAUAAUAACAUAAUAUGCGAGCGAGCAGUUGCUGCUGCUCCGACAACGAUAGUGCAUCGUCACACUGAGUCGCUUGUACUCGAUGCUCAUUGAAAAUCAGCUGGCCGCAGAGCAAGAUUCACCAGUUGUUGUAAAUCCGCGCACCUCGUUCGUUCCCGCGUCACUGGCCAAGAAGAUAUUCGACACGAUGAUGAUCAAGAAACGCUCGAUCCUCGGCUCCUUGGCCAUUCUGGCCUUGGCCAAGGUGGUCUUUGGCAUUCCGUACGGUUUCAACAACGCCACGAGCAGCAGCAACAAAAUCGAUCGAGAAUCAGGAGCCGCUGCGAGUCAGGGCCCGAGCCGAAGCAUCUUUUGCAGCAGCAAUCCCCAAGAAGACAUGACGACCAUCGAGCUGAUAAAGAGUUUCGGCUAUCCGGCGGAGGAGCACUACGUCAAGACCGAGGACGGAUACGUUUUGGCCCUGCACAGGAUACCGGGCAAGAAGGGCUCGGCGCCGAUACUGCUGCAUCACGCCCUGCUCGAGAGCUCCUUCGUCUGGAUAAUCAAUGGAAAGGAGAAGGGUUUGGCCUUUAAUCUCGCCGAUCAUGGUUACGACGUGUGGAUGGCCAAUUCUCGCGGCAACACUUACUCCAAGAAUCACGAGAAUCUGUCCAAGUCGGAUAGCGAGUUUUGGGACUUUAGCUGGCACGAGAUGGGCAUUUAUGACGUACCAUCCGAGAUCGACUACAUCAGCGCCUUGACCAAGGAUCGGCUGCUCUACAUCGGUCACUCCAUGGGCACGACUCAGUUCUUCGUGAUGGCCAGCCAGAAGCCCGAGACGGCAGCCAAGGUCAAAGCCAUGUUCGCGCUGGCCCCCGUCGCCUACACUCAUCACAUCAAGGGUUCCUUUGGAAUAUUGGGAAGUAUGCUUACGAACAUCGAGGAGUUUUUGAACAUCGACGGAAGACGGGAAUUUCUGCCACAAUCGCCGUGGCUACAUUUCGGGGGCAGUUGCGUCUGCAAUAAACCGAUUUUACGGACGAUCUGCGAGAAUUUAAUCAUGUCGACGAUCGGUUUCAACGCGCAACAAUUCAACGCGUCGAUGUUGCCCUUGAUCUUGUCCCACACUCCGGCCGGAACGUCAUUAAAGACUCUGAUGCAUUACGCGCAAGGCAUCAGCUCGAAGGAUUUUCGCAUGUACGACUACGGAAAGGAGAAGAAUCUCGCCAAGUACAACGACGAGAAGCCACCGGCUUACGAUAUCUCAAAAAUUCAAGUGCCCACCGCCUUCUUCUGGGGCAAGAACGAUUUUCUCGCUAUUCCAGAGGACGUGAAACGCCUGUACGAUCAGCUGCCGAACAAGAUAGCCUCGGUGGAGGUCGAUCAUCCUCGCUUCAAUCACUUGGACUUCCUGUGGGGCAGGGACGCGCCGAAACUCGUCUUCUCGCGUCUGUUCCCGUUGAUAGCGAAAUACCGAUGAUUCCUCGGAUCACACCGUGUUUUGUUCGGCGCGCAGAGCUAGUCAGGCAACUAGUCAAGCCUACAAUUUGUAUAUUUUAUAUUUUUAUGCCUCGUAUAAUAAUUUUGAAUGUUGACAUUAUUCGUCGAAUACACGGAUCUGUGACGAUUAUCGAUUUUAAUCGUAGAAAUGACAUUUUUUUUAUGUAUAUUAAUGCAAAAAUUCUGAAAAAUGUAAAUUGCACGAAAUACUCGAUGAAUAAACAUGUAUUUA